CCGCCGCCUCCCCGGGGCCGUCGCCUGCCAAGGCGUGUCGCAGCCGGUGCAGGAGCCGGGAGGCCAUGGCACCCUGGGGGGAGCGCGCGACGCUGUGUCCCAGUGUUCGCAGGAUUGCACAAUCUGAUUUGAACCUCAUACAUGGGAAGUAGGCAAACAGGGAAACUGAGGACCAGAGAGGGCACUUUAUUGUCACAUCCGUCCCUCACAGCGUCCUGGGGAAGAGGCUGUAACUGGACAUUAAUGGUCCAUUUUCAAGAUGAAGAAACUGAGACGGACCAGCAGGCUGAGGCCAGGUCCUACCUCAGCGAGGAGAUGAUCGCUGAGUUCAAGGCUGCCUUUGACAUGUUUGAUGCUGAUGGUGGUGGGGACAUCAGCGUCAAGGAGUUGGGCACGGUGAUGAGGAUGCUGGGCCAGACACCCACCAAGGAGGAGCUGGACGCCAUCAUCGAGGAGGUGGAUGAGGACGGCAGCGGCACCAUCGACUUCGAGGAGUUCUUAGUCAUGAUGGUGCGCCAGAUGAAAGAGGACGCCAAGGGGAAGAGCGAGGAGGAGCUGGCCGAGUGCUUCCGCAUCUUCGACAGGAAUGCAGAUGGCUACAUCGACCCGGAGGAGCUGGCUGAGAUUUUCAGGGCCUCUGGGGAGCACGUGACGGAGGAGGAGAUCGAAUCUCUGAUGAAAGACGGAGACAAGAACAAUGACGGCCGCAUUGACUUCGACGAGUUCCUGAAGAUGAUGGAGGGCGUGCAGUAAGGAGUGGUCAGUCGCCUCCACCAAGAUCGCGUGUCCCUAGGGUGUGGGAGACUCUGCCCUGCCGGGUCCCCACCAGGGAGGCACGGCCCCUUGUGGGUCUUUGUCUGCAAGGAAUAAAAGCAAAUGUUCCAAAA